AGGAUGGGAAAUGCGGCUCAGCCGACAGCAAAUCAAACACGAGUCCAGGUGUCCGGUAGAUAUAAUAGGUACGGGCCAUUACUGAUGCCGUCGGACCGGCCAUUGCCUGUGCCGUUAAGGAUCAGCACUCAGCAGAAAUCCGCGCCGUUGCUGCUGCUGGAGCCACGAGAAACCCUAAUCUGAGUUUUUCUACCUUGCUGCUUGUAUCACAGAUAAUAAAUUAUUCUUCGUCUCCAUGUCCGCCCGGAUGCUCAGGAGGUUCCUUGCCGAUCAGGAGCAGAAAGAAAAGAACCCCGCCGACUCGAAGCAGGAAGAGCACGAUGACUCCGAUUCCCCUGUCCAGUGCGCGCCUUCUGGAAACCCCUUCGAUCUUCUUGACGAUCAGGAGGAUGAACCUGGAGUUUCUCAUGAAUUUGUUGCACAUGAUGAUGUGGAACAGACUGUAUCUAGCGAAAGCUUUUCUAGAACCACUGCUGGUAACCGCAAAACCAAGAAGAAAAAGAAACAGAGUAAAGUAAACCCAGUUUCAACCAAAAGCAAACAAGAUAAGGACGUUGAUAUUCUUUUAAAGGAGUUAUCAAUGGAUAGAACAUCCCAGCAGUUUGAUCUCUCUAAUGAUCAGGUUCAAUCUGAGAUGUCCAAAUCAUGCAGUUCCAAUGUCAAGGUCGACUGCAAGAAGCAACAUUCAUUAAUACUAUCUGUAGAGCCCAAAUUUCUAAAAGCUGAAAAUGAACUAAGAAGGAUAUUUGGUUCUAAAGUUGUUAGCUCCUUCGAGAAUAGCUAUGCUGGUGUCCCAAGGCACGUGCAUGGAGGAAGGCGUGGAAGCCAUAGUCAUCGCAAAACAAUUCUUGUUGCGCCAUCAAACCAUUGGCCUCAUUGGGAUGGAUCACUAUCUAUGGAUCUUUUGGAAACAAAAGAUGGAGAACAUUUUUUCAGAUAUACACAUUCAUCUUCUUACGAGCAUGCACAACAAAUAUUUGAAGCUGCAAAAGCUGCACAUGAUAUUAAUACUAUUGCUAGGAUCUUACUCCAUCAUCCAUAUCACAUCGAAUCGCUUUUGACCAUUGCUGAUGUUUUGAAGUUCUCAGGAGAACAUCAAUCAUCUGCUGAUGCUAUUGGGAAGUGCUUAUAUGCAUUAGAAUGUGCGUGGCACUCAUUAUUCAAUCCUAUGCAAGGUAAUUGCCGCUUGAAAUAUAGCCAUGAUACAAAUAAGCCGGUAUUUAUAGUCCUUUUCCAGCACAUGCAGAAUUUGAAUCGUCGGGGAUGUCAUCGUUCUGCUCUUGAGGUUUGCAAACUGCUGCUUUCUUUAGAUCCUGAUGAUCCAAUGGGUGCACUCUUUUGCAUUGAUUACUUCUCCCUACGAGCAGAGGAGUAUGAUUGGCUAGAAAAGUUCGUGGAUGUGUAUAAAAGUGACAAUUCUCUUUGGUUAUUUCCUAAUUUCUCAUACUCACUUCCGAUCUGUCGUUUCUAUCUUGAGCAAAAUGGCACUUCUAAAGGACUUAACAAGGUGACUGAGAAGGCGACGUCUGAUGAUCUUAUGGAGCAAGCUUUGAUGCUUCAUCCUCUGAUACUAAAAAAACUAGUUGCAAAGGCACCUCUCAAGGAUGUUGCAUGGACAAGAAUACUUAAACAUUCAUUUUUUUCUUCGUGCGAAGCUGGAAGCCCUUCCUUAGAGCAUCUAAUCAAUAUUUAUGUUGAACGAAAUUUUAUUAUGUGGAGGAUUCCAGAUUUGCAGAAGCUCUUGAAAGAGGCUGCUUUAUGUGUAAUUGAGUCUGUGGAUCAAAAAAAGAGUGAUGCCAAGGAUUGGGCUUGUGUCAGGCAAGAGGCCUUUUCAUCUGAUAGAAAUGAGUACUCGCACUUGUUGGUUUCAGACUUCUCAGACUCGGUCCCAACAAUUCCACCUGAUGAUUUGCGUCAGUUUAUGAUUGAUCCACGUGCCUUGCUUGUUGACAACAAUGCAGAACAAGUUCAGGCUGCUGCUGGUGGAAUGGUGCCUCGAGAGGUCUUGAACCGCAAUCCAGUAAUGGUUUUCUUGGAAUCCAUGCUUCCAUGGAUUACUUACGAUUCUGCUGGAGAUGCUGAUGCUGCUGGAGAACACCACCAAGAUGGUGACUAGGAAUCUGCGUGUUCUGAUGAGGUGAUGGUAAUACAUUACAUUUGCGUUUUUGCCGUCAUGCGGUGAUGGUGAGAUAUCAAUUUGAAGAAAAUCGACAAUAGCAGAGCAUUGAUGUUUUUUUUGUGGAUUUCCAACGAGGGAGAAGUGAACCACCAGAUCAUACGCAUACAGAAGAGGGAUAGGACAGCAUGCCUAUGCCGACCAUACACGGCAGUCUGGAAGAUGGCAGUUUUAGCACAUGGAUUGUCGGCAUAGUUCAAUGCUCAAAUAGGUUUCUAUUGAUUAAUUGAAAGGGAAAAAUAAAAGCAUACUUCAGUUUGCCAUUGCUGUGGAGAAUGCUAGCUCGCUUGCUAAGCCUUUUCUUUGGGACGACGAUGUAUGAUUAAGCUCUCACGACAUGUAUAAUAUCAUCCUAAACCCACAUCUAGGUCAAUGUUUUCCAAGUUUACCUCUGUUAAGUGUUAACUUUAUUUGGCAGGCCAUAAAAAACCGAGUGACUCCUUUCUGGGAUUAUAUUGAAUGUAUUUUCAUGAUUAA